UCAUACAAGCAUGAUCUCAUUAUAAAAAAAUAUGUAUGUCAUUUGUAUUCCAUAGUCCUUUAGUGCAUUAGGUACUAUCAUUGCCUUUUUGCUUAGCUUAAUCAUCAAUUAAGAAUUAACACCAAAAAAUUAAGUAAAUAGCCGGUAGAACUUCCGAAUCGCGCUGCAAGCAACAGCAAAAGCAAAUUCAAUAAUUUAAAAGAAAACUUCAAGAAAAUUGCCACGUGUGCCUAUCCGCUUGGAUAAUUGGCUCGCGGGAUGUGUGAUAUGUUAUGUUGAUGCUACAAGCGCUUUGUUUGUACUAACUCUACAUAUGGACUGUGGCCUUCCCAAAAACUUUGAUCCCCAAAUUCCUUUUCUCCGUUUUCCUUCUUUGUUUUCUUUCGCCUCUCCUCCCCAAUUCGCGAGCUAUAAGAAAACCCUCCCUCCGACCACGUCCUCCACAAAUCCGCCGCACUAAACCCCUUCGUUCUCUUCCCGCCGAUCGAUUCAAUUCCGGUGAAUUGCGGGGAAAGAGAAACCCCGCCGAAUCGCGAAUUCCAAGGAGAUUUUUUUUUUUUUGGUGGUGGAGGAGAUGGCGCUAUCGGAUAAGGUGACGGGGAACCUGACGACGAUCUACGUGGCGGUAAUCGCCGGGAUUAAGGCGUACGGGAUAGUGCGCGGCCGGUAUUUCGGCGCUGGGUUCGUCCUCAUCGCGUCCACCACGGUGGUGGCAUUAAUCCUCGUCGCCACGCUGACGUGGGACGUAUCGCGGAAGGCCACGUACGCAAUCUGCUCCGAGAACCACGACAGGGCAGCGGCGGCGGGGGAAGGCGAAAUUUGCAAGGGCGGCAUUUGCUGGCACGGAGUGGCGGUCCGGUCGCCGGCGUCUCAGGUUCGGUUCAGGCUACCUCACCACCACCACCAACAGAAUCAUCCGCAGGUAGCACCUCCUCCGCCGCCGCCGGCGGCGCUCGGCGCGUGGUGAGGGAGAAUUGGGGAUGGAUAGAUUUCGUUGAAGCCCACGAGGUGUUUGUUGUUUUGCCCGAGAGAUAAAAAGGGGAAACUGAGCUGAGUGAGUGAAAGAGUGUAAGCAAUCGAAUAAUGAUAAUCCUGUAAAUAAUCGCUGUUACUGUACAAAACCACAGUUAAUAAACAUAAUCCCGCCAUAUUUGCAACUUAAUCUGUGAGGGAAUUCUACCAGGAUCCUUAAAAAGGUUGAUCUUGAACUUAUAGCUUUUGGUGAAUUGAAUUGCAUAUGACAUUAACUUUAAAUGCAAUUCUCAUAUAUACUUCUCUGAUUUUGUACCAAAUCGUAUUAAAUCAAAUUGAAUAUAACUAAAUCAUAUCCUGACUUGAACUAAAUUACAAUAAUCAAGCAAUAGAGAAAGAUGUAAACAAAGGUAUGAAAAAAAUAAUUGACAAAAGAGGACGUGUAAAACAAGGUUAGGUUUAUCUUCUCGCCCUUGUUCAUCCUAAGAAUAGAAGAUAAGCAUUAAGCAAUUGGAUCUUUUUGGCGUUUGUAGGCAACACCCAAACAUAAAUGACAUAAUAAUGG